AACCAGACCGAGAAGAGUACAAGCGACCUAAAAAACCCAUGCUCGUCACCGAGCGCAGCAUCGGUGUGUCCAAAUGCACACGACUCACCGUCAAGCAACGAGAGCCCGUCAAAGCGCAAGAGUGUUAUGGGAUCAAUCAGGACGAACAAGCUUCGAAGUAUCAACUCUUUACGCAAUCUGCGAUCACCUACUAAAGCCAAGCUGUCCGAUACAGUUGCUGCCCCUUGUGAUAACGUAAGUGUAAGCCCGCAAACUCCAAAGGACAGGCCAAGUUCGUCUCUCCUUCUUGGUUUCCAAGAGUCGCCAGCAGAUAAACCUAUAUUUGAUUUGAGCCGCAGGGACUCGACGUUUGAGCAGAGCGUUCAUCGCUCAUCUCCCGUGCCUAUUCCUUCGUCCGAGAACCAGCAAUAUCACUUAUUUGUUAGUUCAUCUGUCAUACCUGCUGGCACGGUCCCCUCAUCGCCGGCUCCAAUUCAGAAAAUCCUAGACCUGGAGGAGACGGAAAACUCUCUAUCGCCCAUGCUCGAACCAGCCAACAAACUAGAGCCAGGGCGUAUGAGGCUGCCAACCCCACCUCCGGUAGAAGAUAGUCUUCCCGAUUCCGUCCAAGCCGCUAUGGAACACUACUACGCUGUGACACCCGAUUCCGAAGACGAGCACCCUAGCGGUAAGAAUACUGCGGAACCGUCCCAGGAGCGUCAAGAUGUACAGCAGAGUACAGUCGACGAGGUGACAGAACGUUUGGAUGACCAUUGUCUUGUUGCGAACAAAACCAAGACGUCCACUAUAGAGAAUGCAUUGGUUAUUAUUGGCAAGAACUAUCUGGUCAAAGUCUUUCACCGCGGAGAUUGUCAACGUCGCAUCGAAAUUACGGCGUAUGACGGCCACGAAGAUGGAGCUGACGACGAGCUAGAACAUAUCCUCGCCCGCCGCGAAGAGGAUUUUGCUGCGGCCGAAGACAUCAUGUCGAGACUGGAUAGUUUUGUGGUGCACAACAAGGACAUGCUCGAUAAUGGAGGCAUGGAAAUGGUGCUUGAUGAAGCCCUUGCCGAAGGACUAGUUCCCAAAUGGCUAGAUCUUGACUUGGACAUGACAGGCACCAAGAAGCUGCAGAGCCGCGUGUACAAGGCUGCGAAGAUGCAAAAGCGCGAAAGUGUGUGGGGACAGCAUGCAGGACUGUACGACGGCACAGGCUACGGAGCAGGAUCUAGCUCGCGAUGUUCGACGGCUACAGAUGGUUCGACGGGUGCGGCUUGCUACGGGCGUGUUGAGGAUUGCAGUUCCGAGGACGGGAUGGACAAGAUGGUGCCAGGGGCCUACCAAAAGCCUUCUUCGUUCGGCUCGAUGCCGGACUCGCUGCGACGGGUUGCGUGCAUGGACACAAACAGGAUUGGAAUGGAAGAGAAGGACCGCGGAUUUGCUCUCCAUGCAUGA